AACUGUCAUAAUUGGUACUGAGGAGCGCCUUCAGCACCUUGACAGUACACACAGCAGCCCUCCAGUCUGUCGCCGAGAUGCAGAAGUGGGUUGUGGUCUGCUGGGCUUUGCUCGCCUUGGUUUGUGCUGAUGAGUGUCCUGAUGGAGGGGAAUGUGAACACGGGCACACCUGCUGCAGCACGCCGGCCAACGGCUAUACCUGCUGCCCGUUGCAUCAGGCCGAGUGUUGUGGGGAUCACAUGCACUGCUGUCCUGAAGGCACGAUCUGCAAUUUGGACCAGUCCAGCUGUGUGAACGCAACGGCGUCAGUUCCCUGGGUUGACAGAAUGCCCGCCAAUCAGCCCGGACUUUCUAAAUCUUUCAGGAUGAUCAAGCCAUACAUAGGCGAUGAUGAUGACAAUGUCUGUCCAGAUAAGUCGCAGUGUCCGCCUGAGUUUUCCUGCCUGAUGGCCCUCACAAGGUUUGGCUGCUGUCCCCUAGCCCAGGGAAUCUCUUGCCCUGAUGGGAAACACUGCUGUCCUGAGGGCCACCAGUGCAGCGAAGACAACCGCUCCUGCAUCAAAAAAGAGCAAGUCAGUGCAGUGAUGUGUGAUGAUGGAGAGUCAGAGUGUCCAGAGGGAACCACAUGCUGCGAGACACCAGACGGCAGCUGGGGAUGCUGCCCCAUGCCAAAGGCUGUGUGUUGUGAGGAUAAGAUCCACUGCUGCCCUGAAGGCAGCACCUGUGAUGUCAAACACUCCAAGUGUAUUUCCUUAUCUACCAAAAAAGACAUGCCGAUGUGGGCCAAGCUCCCUGCAAGAAGAAGGGCAGACUGGGAGAACGGGCAAGAGGGUGCAGUGACAGCAGAGCCUAUUUUUGAUGAGACAGAAAAAGUCCCUGAUUCAAGCACAGUGACAACACUUCCUCCUUUUGGGGAGGAGGAAGUGUCCGUGUCACCUACCACCAAAGCAACAUGCAAUGAUGUUCCCUGCAAUGAAACAGCAUCCUGCCCUGAUGGAAGCACAUGCUGUAAAGACAAAAAGGGGGAAUGGGCUUGCUGUCCUCUACCACAGGCUGUUUGCUGCGAGGAUCACGUUCACUGCUGCCCCGCUCACACAACCUGUGAUGUGACCGGCCAAAAGUGUAACAGCCCCUCGGGGUUUGCACCCAUGUUGGAGAAGGUGGCUGCGUUUACCACGGCGGCACCCAGCACAGAGACGGCUACAACAGAGAAGCAAGUCACUGAGGACAAGGAGGUGGUGGAGGGAGAGAGGAAGCAGGACAAGGGGGAGAGGAAAGACGAGGUAGAGGAGGGCAAGGUUCCCUGUGACUCCCACACCAGCUGCCCUGACCACAGCACCUGCUGCUUCAUGGUCUCAGUUAAAAAGUGGGGCUGCUGUCCGCUGCCAAAGGCGGUUUGCUGCUCUGAUGGAAACCACUGCUGUCCCACAAACUACACAUGCGACGUGAACUCAACCACAUGCGUCAAAGGAGAAGUGGUGAUCCCGUGGUACACUAAGCUCCCAGCCGUGACGAGCGAUGAAGAUUAUGGCAACUCAGUGGAGUGCGAUGCCCGGAACAAAUGCCCUGAGGGCUCCACGUGUUGCCAGCUCGCUGGGGGCCAGUGGGGCUGCUGCCCUCUGGAGAAGGCCGUGUGCUGCCCGGACAAGGAGCACUGCUGCCCACAGGGCUACAGCUGUAACAUGGCAUCGGGAUCCUGCCAGAAAGUCAUCAUGCUCCAGCUGCAGACGGUGCCGCUGACUCCGGUGUACGUGCCGAAGCCUCAGCCCCAGCUGCAGGAUAACAACGUCAAAUGCGACGAUCAGUUCAGCUGCAAAGAUGGGGAGACCUGCUGCAGGAUGUCCGCCACUACAUGGGGCUGUUGUCCCUCUCCUAAUGCGGUGUGCUGCAGCGACAUGGUGCACUGCUGUCCCGCUGGCCACACCUGUGACCAGGGAGGCACCUGCAACCACGGCAGGGGAUUCUUCUGGGACAACUGGAACAUGUUCCUCGCCGACAAAAAGAGAGCGCUGGUUGUGUGAAAACACCACCUUCAUACUUCAUUUCCCGCAUGCAAUGCACUAAUAGAAGAUACACUGAGUUUAUGAUGAUCGUGUGAUGCUUUGUUCUCAGGGGACAGCGGUAGACGCAUUGGUGAGCUUUGAAGUGUUUCAGGGGGGCUGCAGUGCUGGGAUUUCUCUGCUGCUAUGUGCUUUUCAAUCUUUUAAAUAUUUGACCAUGAGGUUUCUUAAAAAAUAAUAAUACCACACAAGAAUAAAAUACCAUUCAAAGAUUAUUAAUAUGUAGAUUACUUAAUUUUGAUAGUGUGAUAGAAAAUUAUAAUUUCAAACUCAGGAUUUUCUAUUUGUUACCUUAAGGUAGGCACAAAGAGUUAAACUGAACUUGAAACUUUCGAGGGGGCAAGAUGAUUUUAGCAGCUUCACAAAAUCCUCUCGUCAAGUUCUGCAUGUUUGAAUAAAAAAAAAAAAGUAAAGGAAGACCGCUUGAGCUGCCUUAUGAUGCAAAUAAAGUGCACUUUACUAUUGCUAGUCAGUCACAGUCUGGGCAUUAUUUAGUGUGUACCUUUCAUAACCUUGAAUGUGAUGAAUUAAAACUGUUAAGUGGCGCCACCUUGUGUUAAAUGAGGGGUUAGACUUGCUGUAAUGAGCAGGAAUAGUUCAGUCAGGAAACUUUCCAUCUGAUUGUCAACCAGUUUUGUUUCACAGCCUUUUAAGUGACACGUCUGACCUGGACAGGUCGCUUGUCUGGCUGCUCUGCCGCUGCUUCUCAUGCAUCACUAAAUCUCUCCUCAUCUGUUUUUAUUUUGUGGGGGGGAUUGCUUCUAUCCAUACGAAAUGUGUAAAUGCAGCAGCAAUUUAUGAAACUAAAGCAGCAGCUAAAUAAAGCAGAUUGAUAGUCGGCUAAAGUCAAAUCCAUUUUCAUGUCUCAUCAUUUAAUAAAUACAUCCGCCACA